UCAGCCAUUGCUAAGAUUACAGAAAUGGAAGCAACUCUGUUUCAAGAGGGACUCAACGGAACAGGCUUGACAUUCAGAUGCCAGUUUCUAGGAGCUGAAGACAUGAGGAUAUCAGAUGACGAUGUUAUGUAUGCCGAAGCUUUAAAGAAAUAUACGGCACAGACGAGAAGUGUUUUGGCAGGAGACUUGGAGACAUAUUGUGAAUUAUGUAUUGGCAGAACUUAUGUCCGGAUAGAGGAAGAGAAAACUGGAGUUAGAAAGUACAUACAUCGCACCAGGGAAAUACUAUUCAUUGCUCAAGAUCCAGAUGACAAAACAGUUUUUGGCUUUGUGUCCCGUCACCAUAUUUACGCAAAUAUUUAUGAGCUUUAUGCUUUAAAGUCCCAGGAAGCCGAGGUUAUCAUUAAAACCUUGAGGGAAUGUAUGGGAGCUGCGACUAAUAUCAUGACAGAGGCGGCCGGAUCAUUACAUGGCCAGCGACAGACAGAGAAAGAGGAGCAAGAAGGAAAUGGCCUCAGGCUGGUGAGAGAACUGAAGGAGCAGGUGACACAUAUGCUAGCAGAAGUGCAAGAGAAAGGGUUGAGAGAGACCGAGAUACAUUUGGCUAAGAUGAAUCAGCAGCUGAUAAACCUGUGGGGGCAUAUGCAAGAGAGACAUGAUCAACUGAGAGAUGUAACCCAGCAAAUGACGAUUAUCCGAGGGCAGUUAGAAGAAAAAGAUGAAGAAACUGCUAACUUACAGAAUGAAGCUACUGCGUUAAGGCAACAACUGGAGGAAAAAGACCAGGAAAUUGAUGAAUUGGAAAUAACUCUGUCCAUAGCUCAGGAUGAGCUACGUGAUUAUCAACGCCAAGAUUCCCCUGACUGGGUCAUUUCACGGGACCAUAUUCAGCUAACAGGUAGAUUUCUCGGCAGAGGAGGCUGGGGAAGUGUUGUCGAAGGCAAAUAUUGUGGUUGUUCUGUUGCAGUUAAACAGAUCCAUGAGUUGAUUCUCUCUCCUCACAGCCGCAAUUUAUUUGAGCGAGAAAUGGAUAUUGCAUCAAGAUGCCGCCACCCUUGCUUGCUGCAGUUCAUCGGAGCUACAAAUGACGAAGGGAAUCCACUGUUUGUAACAGAGCUUAUGGAAACAAGUUUACGCACUCUGUUGGAACAGAGAGCUCUUUCUGAGGCAGAAUUGUCUUUUAUUUUUCUGGAUGUGGCUCGGGCGCUAAACUACCUUCACCAAAAGCAACCAUCUCCAAUUAUUCACCGCGACAUCAGCAGUGCAAAUGUGCUACUCUGGCGACAGGGUGAACAUUGGCGAGGCAAAGUGUCAGAUUAUGGAACUGCCAAAUUUAUGCAGCAGACCAUGACAGUUGCUCCUGGUGCCAUGAUAUACAGUCCUCCUGAAGCACUUACUAAAAAUCAAACUGUCAAGGUUGAUGUGUACAGUUUUGGUGUCCUCCUCUGUGAGAUGUGCAUCCGGGAACUGCCAAAUCCAGAAAGGCGUGAUCGGCAAGUCGCCAUGGUUAAAAACAAAUUGAAUCGAGCCCUUAUCCGAAAAUGUUUGCAACGAGAGCCUGAGGCGAGACCAAGUGUACAAGAGAUCAUUGAUGAACGUGAGCAAUCUAACAAAAGAAAAGGAAUUCAAUUUUGGAAAAGCGAACGUAGGAGGAUCCGGUAACUAUAAUCUUCAGUGUAUUUUAGUAAUCAUAUGGUACGUAU